CCUCAUCAAAAGUCCACUUCUCUGCGCUCCGUGGAGACGUCUGCUGCCCAACCUACUCACACCAAACCUGCUGCUGCUACUACUGUGAAGGCGGCUUCCUCCCAGAAGACUCUCCUGACCUACGCCCAGGAGCUGGAAUUCCUGGUGGCCGAGGCACUGGGCUUGGAGACCCUAGUCAACACCAGAACCCGUUUCACGGAGCUUGCCCUCCCUGACCUUUCUGCGCACUCUACAGCUCCGACUGGCCUAUCAGCGGUAAUAUAUAACAUUUAG